CUUCCCAUCCUGUCCCGUCCCGUCCCAUCCCAUCCCAUCCCAUCCCAUCCCGUCCCGCCGAGCCGGGCCGGCUGCCUGGAGCAGGAUGACGGCCGCGGCCACCACCGGCACGCACAAGGUCGCCAGCACCAAGGAGGAGAGGAAGUUAAGGAAACCCCUCAUUGAGCGGAAGAGAAGGGAAAGGAUUAAUAACUGCUUAGACCAGCUGAAGGAGACUGUUGUGGGUGCAUUUCACCUGGAUCAGUCCAAACUGGAAAAAGCAGACAUCCUGGAAAUGACAGUGAAGCACCUCCAGAACAUCCAGAGCAGCAAGAUGAUGGCUGACUCCAAGGUGGGUCUGGAGGCCCAGCAGAGGUACAGCACCGGCUACAUCCAGUGCAUGCACGAGGUGCACAACCUGCUGCUCACCUGCGAGUGGAUGGACAAGAGCCUGGGGGCGCGCCUCCUGAACCACCUGCUCAAAUCCCUGCCCCGCUCUGGGGAGGACACCUGCAAGGCAGCGCUCAGGUCUCUGAGCCCGUCUCAGCAGCCUCUCCUGACACACAGGAGUCCCCUGGGCCCCAAGGGCAGCGCUCGAGGCACAAACCCGGCACAGGAGCGCCUCUACCCUGCGGAGAACAAGCAAGCUUCCAAAAAUUCCUGCCAGCUGCCCUCGCUGUCGCUUUUCAACCAGGCUGAUGCUGCACCUCCCAGACAGGUUCUGCAGCCAAAUUUUUCCCAUAACAACCCCAGGAUGGGGUCAUUAGAUAUGUGGAGACCGUGGUAAAGUGUGCUUUCCAUUUUUGUCCUAACCUUAGACACUCUUACGUAUGUAUCUUAUAGAUAUGUUUCUUUAAAACACUUGUGGAGCAGAUCUGUUCCUGUAGGUGUACUAAAGACCUGGGUACUUCAAACCGAAGUAAACCUAUGUGUAGCCUGCAUUGUAGAAGGCUGCUAUUAUUUUUUAUUUAUUUAAUACAUCUAAAUUAUUGUCUAGAAUCCUCUCGUGCUCUUUCGUGUAUAAUAAUUAUAUAGUUUUAAUGUCUUACAUUCUAAAAUAAUCAACUUUCUAUUAAUAAAAAUAUAAGACAACAAGUAACGAACCUCUCUGGAAUCAAAUUUACCUUCAGAUCUCACAUAAGCCAUUGAGAUCCCUGUGUUGGAUAAAAGGGUAAGCAACUGGUCUCUUCUGCUUUUUAUUUUUAAUAUCAUCCCUGUGCAGUGUAAGAGAUUCCGGUGUUGAGUCCUGUAAAAAUGCUGCAACUAU